UGCGAGGCGGAGGAGAAGCUGAGCGCGGCUUCCUUGAGUAGGGGAGCUAUUCAAUAAUAAGGAUAAUAAUAGCAAUAAGAGGAAUAAUUCUAUUUUGUUGUACGCAGCUAAGUUCCUCUCAGACUUUCCCCCUCCAGUGUCAUGUCAUGAAGACCUUAUAAUUGGAAAACUAGAAGUGAUUGCAUAUCACUUGGGGGGGGGGAAUACUGCAUGAAAUGGAGAAAGAAACUGGAGAAAUAUCUGGACACCCAAGAACAAAAUUAGACAACCAUAACCAGAUUUGCAGCAUCUCUUGGUUCAGUGCCUGCCUACAGGAAACGCUAUUGCCUGGAAAGCCAUGGCAUAAGGUUUUGGAGAGAUUGGAAACUGCCUUCGCCGAUGAAAUAAAGGACAAGAUAAGAGACCCAAAGCAAAGAAAACUGGUUUUCAAUCUCCUUGGUCAGAGCUUUGUCAAAAGAUAUUUCAGUGACUGCCCUGUUCAGCCUGAUUCACUCUCCUCCACAGCCAUAAGUGAGAUCAAUGACACAAAGCUGGAAGAAGCUACAAGAGUCUGGCUACAGAAUCAGUCUUUGAAAGCGGCAGAAAGUAUUCACUGUCAUUUUCAUUCAGGUGCUGAGGCAGCCAGUCUGGCUCCUGAGAUGGUUCAUUUUCUUGACGACGUCUACAGUGUUGUAAUAGCCAAGAUGGAGUUGCUGUUGGCCACCUGUGGAGCCUGCCACAAGGCCCAUCUUGAAGGAAGUGCGCAAGGAGGUGAAGCUUUAUGUAAACUGCCCCAAUCAUCAAGGGACUCGGGAGAAACUUCCGUGGUUCUGCAGAGGCCCAAAUCCAUUGAGAGUAAAGACAUUUGUCUAGUCUUAUCCGAAAGACCAGCUUCUCAAGUCAAUGGAAACGGAGAAGACUUGCAGUUGCAUAUCAGACCUGAACUACACCCCCCUGUCCUUAGCUGUCCAGAGAGCGAUUUAUUAGGCGAUUUGCUCUGCGCCAUAGUCUCUCGAGGUUCCGAGAACAUGUCAGCGGCGUGUGAAAGUCUUAGUGGGAAACUGCUUCCUAGGACACUCCGGCAGUUCAUUUGGAUUGAUAAACUUCUGAGAGCCAGCUCUGGAAGCCCACAAACCAAAGAACUCAUGGCUACUGAGAGAGACGCCAGAGAGGACUUUGGGCAAACUGUAGCAUGGCGGAUGGCGGAACUGAAUCUCCGAAGUGCCACACGGUCACCUCUUUCAGGUCUUAUUGAAAAUGCAGUUGUAGAGAAAUAUAGAAGCGUUCCCUGCAUGCGUCCUUUUGCUACAAAUGAGCAGGUGAUUUUGGAGACCAGCAAAAGCUUAAAUGUCUUGUAUGUUUUCAACGGCACCUAUGACCCCUACCUCAUCUACUGGCUUUUCCCUCUGCAAAUGGCAUUUAAGCAAACAGCACCAAGAGCAGAACACCCCUAUGAAUUAGCCAUGUACCUGCAUUCUCUACACCAGAACCUAUUCCCAACUUGGGGGGAACUCUUUGUAACAGCGGAGUCAGUGAUGAGCCUUCUGGAGAGAGAAGAUGCUGAAUUCUUUGCUCACCUUCAUCGCGCUUUCAGAAAGAAUGUCACAGUUGACCCUAAGGAUUUCCUGGUGGAUUUGAUACUUCAGGAAAGAGGGAGAGCUCAAGGGAUCUGCGCGUUUGAAGAUGGAUUCCCAUCAAGACAAAACGGAACCAAAGAAAUACUGGCAAGCCCCAUGGUUUUCCUUAGGAAGUGGAUGGGAGAGGGGUUUGUCGGUGUCCUGAACUUGCCUGCUGUCUUGUUGAUCUGGGACCAGUUAUUCAUGAAAGACUGGAACCUGGAUGUGAUGCAGAAUUUCUGUGUCUCCGUCCUUCUGUUAUUAAAGGAUUCGUUCAUGGCAGCUGAUGACUACCCAGCAGUUCGACAAGUGUUUCUGUCUUCAGCCUCCCAGCUUCUCACAGCUGACAUUCAAAGGGCUUGGAUUCACUUACAGCAAGGGGGCUUGCCUGCUGAUGUUCCUGGGCUUAAUAGACUGAAUCAAAGGCCGCUUGUGGAUCUGUCUCCUCCGAGGCAUGGCUCAGCAGAAGCUGGAAAAAUGUGUCUGGACCCUGGGGAAAUCUCGCCAACUGGCGUGAAGGAUAUUUUAUUGACGGUAGUUUUACCAGUUCCUCGGGCUGAGACUCGCCACAGUGAGUCUCUCUUUAAAAAAUUUGAUCCCUCUGCUGUGAAGUUAACAGUUUCGGUGUUUUGUGGCCCUGAAAUGCUGCGUUCCAAGACAAGCUCUUUCAUCUCCUCCCUUCUGCGGAAAACCCAAGGAAAAACAGAAAUGGGAUUUACUCUUCAGUUCAGUGAAUCAUUUGCAUUUGAUUCCCUGGACCCAACAGCAUUCGUAGGCGUGCAGGACGCAAAACCUUACAUCUUGUUGAAGGUCACGUACAGUCCUAAAGGAACAGAUUCACUGGCUCUUGGGUGGCAAAAAGUGGAUGUGUUCCAGCAAGAAACUACAGGUUCUGGAAUGAUCUGGGCCCCUAGGGAAUUCUCACCAUGCGUGCCUCUGAAUCCUGGGGAAGUGCCUGAUGCUAUAAUGGAGUGUCCUUUCAGAGAGCUUCCCAAAGAUUUUGCAGAGGGCCAUUCAACGAUCCAGCUGACAGUGUAUGAUGUUGCCAACGAAAGACGGAGACUGCAAAGCCACCGCUUGAGGGAAGAAAGGCUCCAAGGACCCUCUUUUCUCUAUGCUCCUUGGGUCCCGCAUGAUCCCAGCAUCACGCUACCAAGUCCUCCAAGGAUCAGCCAGCCAUUUGAUCUCUAUAUAGAUGCCCUUCAUUAUAUACCUGAUAAUGCAACCAUCACAAAGGUAACAGGUCAUUUCAGGAAUACGGGCUUCAGCAAUCUGCACCCUUUUGUAGCAUUUCCUGUUCUUGAGAGCCCGUCUCGAAAUCCAGAAUUCCAGUACCGAGCAGCAAUAGAUGGAGGCAUUUCAAGUGGGAUGGAUAUCAACACUUGGCUUCUGUUUCAAGUUCAUACAGUUGACAUGGAUUCUGGAGACCUUGUUCUACUAGGAAGCUGUGCCAUCCACAUCUUUAAUGCUGAAGGAGAAUUAAAUGUGGGAGGGUUUCAACUGAAACUGAGAGCUGGCUUGCUGGAAGACGGACCCUCACCUCUUACCCCGUCUUCGCUGGAUCGCCAUACAGUUAUUCCUUGCUGUACUCUCCUUAUUCGACUCUUACCACAUGCUCAGGUUCCAGUGCCUCCCCCAAGUUACUUGGCAGGGUACUAUUUCACCGACGGAGCAAAACCCAACAGUUCAGAGCUGGAGAUCAUCUCAAGCUUUCAGAAGGACAGCGGCUUCCCAAACCUUGUGCUGGACAUGGCACUGCAGUUAACGAACAAGGAGCAAAGCAGAGUACUGCCCGAUCAGCUGAAAGCCUGGUGUGUAGAAAAGUUAAGCGAGAGAGGACAUUUGUCACCACGGCAUCCUCUGAAGUGCAUCGACAUACAUCGUGCGGUCCGUUAUUGGCAGGAAGCUGGAGUCCGUGUCCGAAUCAAGCAAGCGUUUGGGCUUAAAGCUGAUGGUUGCUAUGUGAAUGCACUGGCCAGAAUCCUUAAGGGGGCUGCAAGCACGCAGUUGCCUGAGUUGCCUCAACGCUGGGGAGGAGAAGAAACAUUCCUGGUGCAACAACUUGAUUUUUCAAGCCUGCAGAGAUCGCCCAAGUGGAUUGAUCCAUCUGUGGUUUUGCAUCCUUAUCUUGAUGAUCACAGCGUUCUGCUAAUCCAGAUCUACGGCUUGGAUGCUAUUUACACCCCGGAUCCGAGUGGACAGAGACCGGGCACAGUAGCGCCACGUUCUGGCCAGGCCAUCGAGCUCAACGAACAAUCCCAGCUGGGGUGGACAGUUCUUCCACUCUUUGACAGAAACUGCGUAGGAAGUGGGGUGCACAACACGCCUUUGUUUCAAGGGGUGCCGAGUCCUGAAUUUCUACAGGGCAUAACCACCCGACCUGUGAAGGAUGUCAUGUCUGAAGGUUUGCAGAAAAAGAGGCUCCGGCUUCUAGCCACGUACGGCAGUCUUGUUACCGAGGUGUGGGAUGGCCAUUACUUUGACGAUGAGCGGCAGGAGUUGCCGGUUCUCAAUGACCUCCUAUCUGUCGACAAAACAAGGAAAUUUUUGGCAGCUCGAGCCAGCAAGAGGGGCAAGGAAAUGUCACAGCUUGUUCUGAAAAUCCUGGAUAAAAAAACAAAAAAACUGGGUUGCACCAGCCUUGAAUAUCUGCAGCAAGAGGAUUUUUACAAGCAAACAAUGGGGGCCGUUUUUUACAAUGUUGUGGAAACAGCACUCAUGAAUGCAGGAUAUGGCCCACUGUGACUCAUCAUCUUUAACAGCGUCCGUGAAGGAAAGAGGAGUAUGGGAAGCUUAAUUCUGUGCGGCGGAACUGUGAAUCCAGGAAUGUGAGGAAGAAGAGAAAAUUUCCAUAGCAGUAGUUCGCCCUCACAUUUCCAGCACCCUUAAACUACAGUCCCCAAGAUUAUUUGAAAUGCGCAUUGAACAUGCUUUACAUGUAAUGUGUGGCUCUGUGUGUAUACACACACACACACACAAAUAAAUCUCAGACUCGCAAUCUGUGCAAUUUGUAAAAGAUUGCAAGAUGCAACAGAAUCCUUUGCAUGUCUGCCCAUAAAUAAGUCCCAACAAGUCCACUGGAACUGACUCCCAUAUAUAAGUGUGUAUGGGAUUGUGGCUUUAAUGUAGCAGUAAUGGUCUCCAGCGGCAAAAGCAAUUCUUUCUGCCUCCUUAACUCCCCAUGCUUAAAAUCAGCGUGCUUCAUUUACUAAUGGUUCAACAUGUUCCUUUGUUACAUUUCUGAUGAUAAAUGGGAGGUCUCUGGUUUCAGCAGGGGUGGUGAGAGAAGCUAUCUCAUUUAAUCAAUUGAAGUCAAUCUUGUAACCACGUUCUAUCCAUUGGGAAAUCUUAAAGGGGGGGGAGGAGAGAGAAGUAGGUUAUUCAGACAAGAAGGCUUGUGUCACAGUUUUGCUUCUGCAGCUCCUGAAGUGAUCAGAGGAAGGAGCGAUAAAGACUGUGUGAGGGGGGGGGGGAAUCCAGUCUGCUGCAGCUUGUUUAUCUGAAUACAGUGGUACCUCGGGUUAAGUACU